ACAUAUACGUAACGAGAAAUCAUUCAGAUGGAUCCCAUGACUUCGAUGGCUUUGAAUACAAUUUACUGUGUGAGCUGGCCACGAAACUGAAUUUUCAACUAAAUAUGUCGGUCUUUUGGGUCGAGGAUACUACGGAUGUAUGGGACAUGAUUGUUGCUCGUGAUUACGAUAUGCUAGUGGGAGGAUUCGUUUUCACACCUACCGAAGAAGAGAUUAUGAGCAGCACCAAAUCAUAUUCAUACGACAAUAUUCUCGUUGUUGUACCGCAUCCAAGACCGUACAGCUCUUUCGAAACGCUUUUCUUUCCGUUCACAUUGACAAUGUGGAUAUUUUUGUUAGGGACACUGGCGGUGGCUGUUAUCGCAAUGAAAGUACUCCGGUGCUACGGAAAAGAGUAUUACGAAUUCGUAGUUGGAACAAGGAAUCCCACUCCAUAUUUUAGUCUGUUACGUGUGCUUCUGACUGGUGAAACUUUCUACACGCCAAAUGGAAGCAUUGCUAGAUUUAUACUCAUGGUAUGGUUGCUGACGUGUUUAGUUCUACAAACGGUGUACAAGGGACAACUAUUCAAUUUUAUGAGAACGAAUGCUACGGUAGCUAGUGUUAAAACCAUGGACGAAUUAAUUGACAAACGGAUUUCAAUAAAAUUGCUCUACGACGCUUACAUCGAUUUCUUUAAAUACGAUUACGACCGAUUGGAGAAGCUGCUAAUAUCUGAAAAUGGAACUACUGCAUGGGAAUUCGUUACCGAAACGGAAGCGUACGUAUCAAUGGAAAUCCAUCUUAUCGAUGCGGUUCGUCGGGAGAAACCUGAAACCAGACCUAAAACUAUAAAAAUAGUUUUAGCACCUCAUGUUAUCGAUUUGCCGAAGCGAUUUUAUCUGAAGGAUGCAAUGGAUGACCUAAUCUCGUAUAUGAAUGAAAAUGGUAUGACGUCGAAGUGGACGGCUCCGUACACAGAGUCAGCGAUAAGAGACAAUGUCGAUAAACGUUUUCCGCGAAAACUGAACAUAUUGCAGAUACUUGGCGUGGUAGAAGUCUGUCUCGGUGCGCUGAUCCUUUCAACGUUGGUAUUCGUUUUCGAAGUAUUGUCUCCACGUUAAGAGUACUUGUAAUACGUCGAGAAAGUAUAUUAAACUUUUUAAAUGAUGCAUUUUUGAUGUAUUGAUUUAAUCUAUCAUUAGUGAACUACUAAUGCUACUCAGAUGCUUACUAACUAC